CAGCGCAGUCGUAGUGAUGCCAUAUAAUCUAUUUCAACCAAGAAUAUCAUUCACUGGCACAUGUAUAUAUAUAAAUAUAUAUAUAUAUACAUAUAUGAUUGUUCUUGUAUAACAAUCUUCUGCAAAUCUAAUAAAAUAGCUGACGAGCUAAUAAAACCAUUAUUUUUCUUUUUUAAAGAAUAUCAAUAAUCCGAGUUCUUGCCACAUCAAUACUUCGAUAACAUUAAUCAGCAUUUUUUCAUGGUUAUCUGCCACAAAGUCAAGUUUAUAAUAAAUGAAGAAAUUGUUUAAAUAAGGAAAAGAUUAUAAUCAGAGUUCAAAAUUUUAUACAUAAAUGCAAAUGCCUGCCUCAGAAAGUAAAGGAAGAGUUUGUGCAUAAAUUAAAGAUACAAAGCACAUAAGAUUUUGUAAAAGUAAGUUUUGUUUUGACAACACAUAUGUAUGUACAUAAAAACGGAAACAUUAUAACCGCAUUAGGUUUAGAACUUGUAAAAUGGAUGGUGUGAAAAAAAUUUUACUUAUCAGCGGAAAAAGAAAGUCGGGAAAAGAUUACAUUUCGAGUACAUUGCAAAAUAUCCUAGGCGACAGAUGUCAAAUAGUACACAUUUCAGAGCCUAUAAAAGUGGAAUGGGCAAAACGUCUUAAUCUGAACUUAAGUGAGUUGUUGAGCGACGGUCCGUAUAAGGAAAAGUAUCGUAAAGAUAUGAUAGAGUGGAGCGACUCCAUGCGUAUGACGGAUUAUGGGUACUUCUGCCGAACUGCAAUGCUCCAUGCGCAUGCUGAAUUUGUAAUUGUUAGCGACGUAAGACGAAAGACAGAUAUUAAAUACUUCCAUGAAAAUUACGGUUCGCUUGUGCUUACAAUACGGAUUAAUACGAAAGACCCAAUACGCAUUGAGCGAGGUUGGGUUUUCACCAAUGGUGUCGACGAUGUGCCCUCCGAAUGCGAUUUGGACGACUAUAAUCAAUGGGACGUGGUGUUGCAGAAUAAUUGUAUGUCGGACGGAGAAUCAUGCAUUGAAAUAUUAAAGGAUAAACUUAAACUUUACAUAUAAACACCAAGAUUGUCUAUAAUUUUGAAAUACAUGAUUUUUCAUAUUCAUAUUUACACGUAUAUCCUUAUUACUUAUAUUACUAACAAGAAAACAUAU